AUGGCGGCUCUCCCCGGAACGGUCCCCAGGAUGAUGCGGCCAGCGCCGGGACAGAACUACCCCCGGACCGGCUUUCCCCUGGAAGUGUCCACCCCGCUGGGCCAGGGCCGGGUCAACCAGCUCGGCGGGGUCUUUAUCAACGGGCGACCCCUGCCCAACCACAUCCGCCACAAGAUCGUGGAGAUGGCCCACCACGGCAUCCGCCCCUGCGUCAUCUCCCGCCAGCUCCGCGUCUCCCACGGCUGCGUCUCCAAGAUCCUGUGCCGCUACCAAGAGACCGGCUCCAUCCGGCCCGGGGCCAUCGGAGGCAGCAAACCCAGGCAGGUAGCCACUCCAGACGUGGAGAAGAAAAUCGAGGAGUACAAGCGGGAAAACCCAGGCAUGUUCAGCUGGGAGAUCCGGGACCGACUGCUGAAAGACGGGCAUUGCGACCGCAGCACCGUCCCCUCAGGUUUAGUGAGUUCGAUUAGCCGCGUGCUCAGAAUCAAGUUCGGGAAGAAAGAAGAGGAGGACGAGUGCGACAAGAAGGAGGAGGACGGCGAGAAGAAGGCCAAGCAUAGCAUUGACGGCAUCCUGGGCGACAAAGGGAACCGACUGGAUGAAGGCUCCGAUGUGGAGUCCGAGCCCGACCUUCCCCUGAAGCGGAAGCAACGCCGGAGCCGCACCACUUUCACGGCGGAGCAGCUGGAGGAGCUAGAGAAGGCUUUCGAGAGGACCCACUACCCCGACAUCUACACCCGCGAAGAGCUGGCCCAGAGGACCAAACUCACAGAGGCUCGUGUCCAGGUGUGGUUCAGCAACCGCAGAGCCCGGUGGCGUAAACAGGCGGGAGCAAAUCAGCUUGCAGCUUUCAACCACCUUCUGCCGGGGGGAUUCCCACCCACGGGCAUGCCGACGCUUCCUCCUUACCAGCUGCCGGACUCCACCUAUUCCACUACCACCAUUUCCCAAGAUGGGGGUAGUACAGUGCACCGGCCCCAGCCUCUCCCACCUUCCACCAUGCACCAGGGAGGACUCGCAGCCGCCGCAGCCGCCGCGGACACCAGCUCCGCGUAUGGCGCCCGCCACGGCUUCUCCAGCUACUCCGACAGCUUCAUGAACCCAACGGCUCCGACUAACCACAUGAACCCGGUCAGCAACGGCCUGUCUCCUCAGGUUAUGAGUAUCCUGAGCAAUCCCAGUGGUGUGCCCCCGCAGCCCCAAGCUGAUUUCUCCAUCUCCCCCCUCCACGGUGGGCUGGACACCACCAACUCCAUCUCGGCUAGCUGCAGCCAGCGGAGCGACUCCAUCAAGUCUGUCGACAGCCUUCCCACCUCUCAGUCGUACUGUCCCCCCACCUACAGUACCACUGGCUACAGCGUGGACCCCGUGGCUGGCUACCAGUAUGGGCAGUACGGACAAACUGCUGUCGACUACCUGGCCAAGAACGUGAGCUUGUCCACCCAGCGUAGAAUGAAACUGGGUGAACACUCCGCGGUUCUGGGGCUCCUGCCCGUGGAAACAGGCCAGGCCUACUGA